UACAAGGAGAGUUAGUUUUAUCUAUGCGGUCCACAAUGGACCAUUACCCGGACUUUUUGUCCACCCUUAACCGACACGCACGCCAUCUCCUGGGGGAAGCCUUUGGCGACAUGGCGCCGGAUCACCACCAGCAGGCGCUGAAGACCGAGAACCUGCUGGAGGAGAGCAGUGCGAAGGAGACCAAGGUCAACGAAGAAAAUGCCUCUCUGGAGGCGAAGUUACAAGACCAGAGGGCCUCUCUGGAGUUAGAGUUUGAGAAAAACAAGGCGACUCUUGCAGCAGAGUGGAGGGCAGAGAUGGCCUCUUUGGAGGCGGAAUGGAAAACGGAGAGGGCGUCUUUGGAGGAGGAGUGCCAGCAGCAGAAGGCGUCUGCGGACGCUGCUAUAGAUGCAGAGCGCAAGAAGCUGUAUCGGUUCGUGUCUUCAGUGACCAGGCAGCUGUAUGGGCAGCGCAAACAAACCGACCUCCUCCGGGCUGCCCAGCAUGAACGAAUGCUGGCCGACCUGAAGAAGCAGGCCGCUCACUGGAUGGUGGCACCUUGGGAUUGCCCGGCCAGUUGUGAUAAUGCUGAUGUUCCGGUGGUCCUCUCCACAUGGAGCCUGAGGGAGGAGACAAGGAGGAUCCAGGAGGACAUGCCCCGCCUGUACAACCACCUGGAGGAGUACUAUCAGCAUGAGAAGAUGCUUCAGCACCUUCUGAAGCACCAGCGAAGGGAGUCAGAGCUUGAGAGGAGACUCUACAUCAAGUGCCAAGGCCUGGAUGCCAAAUUUGCCAAGGAGGAAGCAAAGAGGCAGGAGGCCGAACGGAAAAAGAGAGAGGAGCUUCAUAAGAGGCUCCUUAAAGAAGCCGAGAAGAGAUGGGUUGCUGCACAGAAGAAACAGAGGAAGAGCGAGGAGAAGGCCAAGAGGGAGGCCGAGAAAAUUGAGAAGAAGAAGAAGGCGCAGCAGGAGAAAGAAGAGGCUAAGGAGGCAGCCAGGGCUGGGAGGGCAGCCGCAGGAGGAAAGAAGAGGUCGUUCAAGAGACUCUUCCUGUGCUGCUGCUUCAGAAUGAGAGCCACUGCAGCUGAUUGAGCUGUGCUCCUCCUGUUACCCUGUGUGUGUGUGUGUGUGACAGAGAGAGAGAGAGAGAGUGUGUGUGUGCGUGUGACAGAGAGAGAGAGAGAGUGUGUGUGUGUGUGUGUGUGUGUCCAAACUGGUUGUGUUUGUCCCUGUCAGUGUAUGCCCCAUGUCCCCGUCUGUGUAAUCAGUCCUACUGUGUGUGCUCCCUGUUCCUGUACAUAUGUCCCUAAUGUGUUUUGUAAAUACCCCCCACCCACCCCACACCUGUAAAUACCCCCAUCCCAUGUUUUGUAAA